CGGCAUGGCCGGCCGCCUCGGCCGCGGCGUGUGCCGGGGCAAGCGGGGCCGGGGGUCCCGCGGCGGGGGCGCGCUGCUGGCGCUGGGGCUGCUGGCCGCCCUCGGCUUCCUCGCCUGGCGGCGCGGCCCCCCGCCCCGCCGCGGCGACCCCUCGCCUCCGCCGCCCGCCGACGAAGCCUCGCUGCGGAAGCCCGUGUACGCCAAGCCCGGCCCGGAGCCGGGGGCGCUGGGCGAGCUGGGCCGGGCGGUGCGGCUGGAGCUGAGCCCGGCCGAGAAGCGGCGCCAGGAGGAGAGCAUCCGGCGGCACCAGAUCAACAUCUACCUGAGCGACCGCAUCUCGCUGCACCGCCGCCUGCCCGAGCGCUGGCACCCGCUAUGCAAAGAGAAGAAGUAUGACUACUAUAGCCUGCCAAAAACAUCAGUUGUGAUAGCUUUCUAUAAUGAGGCUUGGUCAACUCUUCUGCGGACUGUUCAUAGUGUUCUCGAGACAUCUCCAGAUAUACUUUUAGAAGAAGUUAUCCUUGUGGAUGAUUACAGUGACAAAGAGCAUUUAAAGGAGCGUUUGGAAAACUACGUGGCUGGCUUACGCAAGGUGCGUCUUAUCCGUGCAAACAAGAGGGAAGGGCUGGUUCGAGCCCGACUGCUGGGGGCUUCUAUAGCCAAAGGGGACAUCCUGACCUUCCUGGACUGCCACUGUGAGUGCCAUGAGGGCUGGCUGGAACCACUUCUGGAAAGGAUUGCGGAAGAAGAAUCGGCUGUUGUCUGCCCUGUUAUUGAUGUUAUUGACUGGAAUACAUUUGAGUACUUGGGAAAUGCUGGUGAGCCACAGAUUGGUGGAUUUGACUGGAGGCUGGUCUUCACUUGGCAUAGUACCCCUGAAAGAGAACAGAAACGAAGAAAGUCCAAGAUCGAUGUGAUCAGGUCUCCAACCAUGGCAGGAGGAUUGUUUUCUGUGAGCAAGAAGUAUUUUGAUUAUCUUGGUUCAUACGACACAGGAAUGGAAGUCUGGGGAGGAGAAAACCUUGAGUUCUCAUUUAGGAUAUGGCAGUGUGGAGGAAGUCUUGAGAUCCACCCAUGCUCACACGUAGGCCACGUUUUCCCCAAACAAGCUCCCUACUCACGGUCUAAGGCUUUGGCGAACAGCGUACGUGCAGCUGAAGUGUGGAUGGAUGAAUAUAAAGAGCUUUAUUACCAUCGAAACCCACACGCUCGCCUGGAACCAUAUGGAGAUGUGACGGAGAGGAGACUCCUUCGAGAGAAGCUGAAAUGUAAGGACUUCAAAUGGUUCUUGGAGAACGUGUACCCAGAGCUUCACGUACCUGAGGACAGACCAGGCUUCUUCGGCAUGCUGAAAAAUAAAGGAAUGGUCAACUUCUGUUUUGAUUAUAACCCUUCAAAUGAACAUGAAGUAACUGGACACAGGGUCAUACUGUAUCCAUGUCAUGGGAUGGGACAAAAUCAGUUUUUUGAGUACACAUCCCGUAAUGAAAUACGCUACAACACCCGACAGCCAGAAGCCUGUGCAGCAGUUGACACAGGGACUGACUAUUUGACAAUGAACUUGUGUCAAGAAAAUACUCCUGAUAUUCCUGAAAACCAGAAGUUUAUUUUCAGAGAGGAUGGUACUUUGUUUCAUGUACAAACCCAGAAGUGCUUACAAGCAGAGUCGAACUCUUACAAUGGUAAUCCAGCACCAGUAUUACGACCGUGUACUGAUUCAGAAUACCAAAAAUGGUUCUUCAAAGAAAGAAGUUGAUCCAGAUGUCAUCUAGUAUAUAGCUGAAUAUGAAAAUGUUCUCUUUCUAGUCAGCAGAUAGUCAGCCUUUUGAAAAUUACAUAAGUGAUAUAUUUUUGUAUGAAAAGAACUGUAAUUAGUUUACAAGCAUUGAAUUUUGUUUUCUGGAGCAUUAAAAGGCACUAAGCAUUGAGAGCUACGUGAAGUAAGUACUGUGGCUGUAUCAUGCCACAGAAUCUGCUCCUCUUCGGUUCCCUGUAUUUGGCAGCUACAUAACUGUUUUUGAAGUGUCUUAGAUUAUUUUUCACAAGUGACAAUAUAUUUUUUAAUCUACUGUGUGAAAGUAAGGCAGUCAAAAUAAUUGCACUAAUGUUAUCUGCCAGUAACUAAAAUGUUUAUUUUUCUACUAAAGCAUUCUGCAGUUGUGCCUUUUGACAGAUGCUGGUUAAUAAUUCUCCUUGUCUUUUUAAUACCAAGAGGGUAAAUGUAGGCCAGAUUCCACCCCUGAGUGGCUACAACAGACCCCUCACUGAAGACUGUGGGUUUGCACAUGAAGGCUGAGAAGGUCUGCAUAUCUUUGCACAAAUAACAGUCUAGAUGCAUACAUAUUGCACAUGCUUGACAAUACUAUACAUUAAAUGUUGUGACAAUUUCAGUUGCUCAUGGCACUUGAUUAGAUUCUGAUCAUGCUUAAGUCUGAUUUUGGAGUAAAAUGGGGAUUUUCUCAUCUUUAUUAAUUAAGGCAACAACAUCUAAAGGUGAUGCUCUGUUUAGAUAUAAAUGGAUCUAGCUGUGCAGCUAGACUGCACAACUGACUUUAACAUUACGUGAAUUGCAUACAUACAGCAUGCAUACAACCUGCAAGAUCAGACCUAGCAAUAAUUCUUUUGACAUGAAGGGGUUGUUUCAAACUUAAAAUUACAGAAAAAUCUAAGAAAUUAAUAUCUUUAAUUAAAUUGUAAUUGUUUAAAUGGCUCGUUUAAAAUGAAUGGAUAAAUAAAAAAAAAUGGUUUACAACUAAUUGAUAGGAUAUGCAGCUGCUAUUAAUUAAAAAAAUGUCUUUCAUAUAUAACUUGCAUUUUGUCUGGGAACUCCUUUUCUGAUAACUUGUUUAUGCUAACACACACAGUCCUACAGAAAACACAGGAUUUAAUCUGCAUCAGUGCAAGAUGUUUUCAGCUGUGGUGUGUGGGGUCUGCUUUACCCAUUCAGACAAGGAGUUAAGUAUAGCUAUAUGUUUGGUCAUUGACUAUUAUCAUUAAAGUGUUGAUUAAAAGAGUUUCAGCUCAUGAGGAAGGUGUCCUUAUGUCAGCUGGAGGUAUGUUUUAUGCAUAGAAGCAUGAAGAUUACAACCUUUUUUCCCCCAGAAGUCUUGGCAUCUGUUCUGGUUAGUUUUAGAUUUCUUCCAUUAUUUGUCUUUGUUCUUGUUUUCUAUAUGAAAUGUACAGACCUUUCUUUAAAUUUUCAUAAGCUCAUGUCAUUUUGACAUAUCUAUUUAUAUGAUUAGGGUGUGGGGGGAGGGUUUCUGCCUGUAGAGGAUGCCUAUGGAGGUUCUUCCAAGAUCUGUCUAAAACCCUGUAGCUGGAAUGUUAUUUGAAGACCUUCAAAGAUCUCUGUGGGUUGGACUGAUGAAAUUGAUGUUAGAACUAAUAAAAUAUUUUGUGACUCGGUAGAGUGGCAACUGUCUUUACAACUAUUUUUUUUUUCGUAUGGUCAGUGGUUUUCUUUUAACCCUCUCUCUGAUCUCUUAGGGUCUGAUCCCUGCAGCACUUGGUAGAAGACAGCUUUAUUUUAUGCUCUCUCAAGUUCCCAUUACUGAACUCAUUAAUGCUUUUGUUCACCUGCUAGCAGCAACUGUGUUCAGUUUGUGGAGCCACAUAUCAAAGCUGGGUGUCUGCAUGAGAGAGCUGUUAGAACUCCACCAACACAGCAAGGUUUUUCUGUUCAUUUCUGUUUUGCCUUCGUGACUGUUGAUUGCAUUACAUUAAUAAGUUAAUGAAAGCCCAGCAAUUACACUUGUAGACAAAACUCUCAUUGACCUUCAAGGUCAAUGAGGUUUUCUUAGUUCUGAGACUUCCAGAUUUUAUCAGCAGGUGUUCAUAUGCAAAUGAAAUUUAGUAAUUGGAAAUUGUUUUCUGUAUAUCUUGCUACUCUGCAUUUUUUUUUUUUUUUGGAGGGAAGUACUGAUGUUCUGGGCUUCUAGUUAUAUGCAAUUGAGCUGUUUUCUCCUGCACCAGCAAACCCGCUAGCCUGGGUUGAAUAUUUGCUAGACAAACGUGCUUAUGUUUAGUUCAGAAGCAGUCACUGACUGUAGUAAUAUCACCAGCUUGCUCCAUGUAUGUUGUUGGCCCUUUAGUCCACCUACUUCACAGUUUUCUCCUUGAUACUUUCCUUCUUGUCAACUCAAAGGAAUUGUAUUAAUGUCUGGCUUCAGGUUUAGAUGAUGAAGGAAUCGAUCAAGUGUCUGAUUCACAAUGCACAUUUUCAAACUUCCUCCUGCAGGAGGUUGUGGCCAUCUGCUGAGGAACGCACUGUAGACUUUGGGCUUCUCAGUAAAGAAGGGGCUGGAUGCCUCAGAGAACCGGAAAAAUUGGAGGACUUAGUCAUAAAUUCACACUCCAUCUGGUUCUGGCCUCCUAAGACUCUUUUUUGAAAAAGAGAGAUGAGGAGUUUCCACAUUGUCCAAAACAUCAACCAGUACUUCCCCCAUUUCUUAGUACUCAUCUUUUAUGUUUAAAGACACACUUUAUUUUUUUCCUCUUUGCCGCUAACAUUGUGAAGCAUCCAUAAAAGCAAAUCAGGCAAUUCAAGCUUAUUGAUAAACUUAUAUUAAAAUAAUGUGAUACUGGCACUGCAAGCAGGGAAAUCAAGGGUUCUUCUUUCAUUUUGUGCUAUUAGGUUGUUCAAAAAAAAAAAAAAUUUUUUUUAAAUGAAAAAUGGAGAUGGGCUAACAAUGGUAUGCCAAGAAUGUAUCAUCCCAGCACAUGAUUUGCUGUAUACAAUUUGAAGAUUGAUACACAGAAAUCUGUCUUCCAAAUGGAUUUUAAUUCCUUCUUCAUUGUCUAGCAGUAAAUACAGCCUCUCUGAUGUUUACUGCCAUUUUUUGGAUAUAAGGGAUCAGCUUGAUGUUGUGUUCUCCCAGGUUUCUUCCCUUACUUUUUUCUGGUGUUCCUUGAACAUCCCUAGAGAUGGGUCAUAUUUGGCACAGCGGAGGCACAAAAGAUUAAACUAGAAGUAUUUCACAAAACCGAACUGUGCAAAAUACUUUCCCAAUGUUCUGUUCUAGAUACACCUUGUGAGAGGAAUAUAAAUAUGCAAAGAUUUUUUUAACUCUUAAAAUACCUGGUGAUAUUAUCCUCAAGAUGAGAAUUUGGGGUAGUAACUGCUGAUUGAACUGGCUGUUUUGGGGGAAUUUAGGUAUUGUCUUAAAAAAAAAUAUGCUUAUGUCUUUGUAUUUCU